UACAAGUAAACUGGUACCCUCAUUAGCUAUUGAAAUCAGGUGUACCGUGAAUCGAACAAAACCCUACAAAAUGCAUAAGUAGGCUUUAAGCAGGUCAAGACUCGAGAGCGAAAAGCCUUAGUUCUUAUUAUCAUUGGCGCGACAAACUAACACAAACUAGAAACGAAAAUGGGGAAGAAGAGGAAAAACCAAGCAGAAACACUACAUCAAGAAGAAGAAGAUGAAAAAGUAGAGUUACCUGCUAAUGGAGAAGAAGCAAAGAAGGAAGAGAAAAAGAAGAAGAAGAAGGAUAAGAAGAAAAACGAAAAAGAAAGACCAACUGUUACGAUUGCUUUACCUGGUUCCAUCAUUGAUAAUACACAGUCUUUUGAACUUGCUACUAGGUUAGCUGGUCAAAUAGCUCGUGCAGCUACAAUUUUCAGAGUUGAUGAGGUGGUGAUAUUUGACAAUUAUAGUGGUUCAGAUUAUGAUUUAAGAUUAGCAAUGAAAGAAGAUGCCGAUGGUAAUGAGAGCGGUACACAGUUUCUUAUAAGAAUACUGAAGUAUUUAGAGACACCUCAGUAUCUGAGACGUGCGCUUUUUCAGAUGCAUAGGAGCUUAAGAUUUGUGGGUUUGUUACCACCCCUUGAUGCUCCUCAUCAUUUGCGUAAGCAUGAAUGGGGUCCAUAUCGGGAAGGUGUUACCCAGAAAGAAAGAGGUCCGAAUAACACCGGUACACAAGUUGAUGUUGGUUUAACAAAGAAUGUUGUCGUUGACCAGAAUCUUGAGCCUGGAAUUCGUGUAACCGUAGCAAUGGGAACUGAUCGCUGCCUGGAAACAGAUUCUUUGCGCAAAGUUGUGCCACCUUCCACUCCCAGAGAAGAAGGAUCAUAUUGGGGGUAUAAAGUCCGAUACGCACCAAAUAUCAGUUCUGCUUUUAAAGAUUGCCCUUUUGAGGGUGGAUAUGAUCAUAAGCUUGGAACUUCUGAGCACGGUGUUGUUCUUAGCUCAUCAGAGCUGACCAUACCUACAUUCAGACACUUAUUAAUUGCUUUCGGUGGUCUUGCUGGUUUAGAAGAGUGCAUUGAAGAAGACGUUAACUUAAAGGGGAAAGAUGCCCGAGAGAUUUUCGAUAAGUACUUGAAUAUAUGUCCUCAUCAAGGUAGCAGAACAAUUCGAACAGAGGAAGCAAUCUUCAUCUCACUGCAAUAUUUUCAAGAACCGAUUAAUCGGGCAGUUGCAGGGAACUAAGAAGUGGAAUGAAAUCACCAAUCGACAAAUUAAGAAAUCCACCUAAGCUGGAGUACAUUUGGGAGUGGGAGAUCAAAAUUUUAACUUAUCAUCAAGGUUCCAAAUCCAGAAGAAGUCCAAACCAGAUGAUCAUGUCUUUUCUGUUUUUAUCUAGAAAAGCAGUUGGUUUCACAGCAGUUUUUAUUUUGUACUGUUCUGCAACAGUCUAAUAUAUCUUUAUUAUUACUUUAUUUAUUUCCUCACAUGAGUAUUAAAUAGAGUUGCCUUCUGAGAGAUAGCUGAUAAGAUUCUUGGGGUUGUAAUGCUACCCAUGAACUGCCAGGAAAAUUUGUAACUGCAACCUCAGAUCAAAACUCUAUUUGCACAA